GUGUUUGCUUCAAAACGUUAUUCACGACGCAAAUUUCCAAAUAAUAUUAUUUAGCCUUCCAUAACCAACAUUGGCGAUCAUUACCACACAGUGAUUCGACUAAAGAACAUUAUAAAGGCCCACAAAAUUGUAAGUAUUGUUUAGCGGAAUCGUCAUUGACCUUCGAAUUCGUUUGUUUAAAAUGUCUUUCGGAGUCUUGCCGGUAAUUUGGCUUGUGACAACGGUUGCACUGCGGCCCACGGAUGCGGCAUUUGGUUAUCUAAGUUGGAACAACAUGAAAAUCGAAGAAAACCGAGCAUUGCUCGGUAAUAUAUUCCAAACUUUAAAUGGAAUAAGAUCACGCAUCGAAUGUCAGAGUUUCUGUGCUCAAACCAGCGAAUGCAAGUCCUACAACUACGUCAGUAGCCUGAAGGUUUGUGAACUCAACAAUGCCAUCAAGGAAGACACAAACGCUGAUAAAUUUCGGAAAAAUGACAACUACAUAUAUGCAACUUUGAACUAUGACAAUGCAUGCACGAACAAAGAUUGCUGUCUGGACCCCACAACAAACAAAUCUAAGGACACGUAUUGUUACAUUGAAAUUGAACUGGAAAAAGAGGAUUUUUCAAGCUCUUCAGUAUCAGUGAGAGUUAUUGUGACAGCAGGACGUGUCAACCAGAUUACCACCACGUGUUCAGAAGGUGAUCCAUCUCCAAACAUUGAUGUUGUGGAUUCUGAAAAUGUGGUUGUUUUUUGUAAUGGAACCCGACCAAGCAAUAAUGUGACAGUCAACGUAACUGCGUCGUAUCUUGAAAUUUUAGCUACCGCCUCGGUGACCAUAACAACAAAAACAAGCCCGGCAACAUUAAAGGAGCAAUUUACGAAUAUGACUGCUGGAAUCGCCUCAUGGUCACUUCCUCUAGACGAAAUUGCAGACGAUUUUAACGUGAGUUGCUCAGAAGGAUCGGUUGCUCUACUAGACAAGAAUAGCACUCACGGAGCAGCCAUAUGCUAUGACCUUGUACCAGGCUCAACAGUCAUCAUUACUGUCAAUUCUGUAACGGAUUCUGAGUAUGGAAUGCCUGCAAGUCUCAACAUACAGUUAGACCCGGACGUUGUGACGUUCACAAAUCGCACAUCUUCAUUGGAUUCGAUAUCUGUCGCAUGGGAAAUGAGAACUGGUUUCGCUUCAAAAUUCGUCGUUAAUUGUUCAAGUGGAGUUCCAGCUUCAUCAGUCAUAGACGAGGUUGUUGGUUCGGCCAGUAUAGAAUGCUCUUGUUUAAACCCAUUACAAAUAGUGAACGUAACCGUGAUUGCUGUCGCCAACUCCAAGCAGGGUUUACCAGCAUCAGAAAUCGUUUCAACAGAUGAGCCUGUUAAUAUUUCACUGAUCGAAGACGUUGCAACUAAUACGUCAACCAUAGUUGCCAAUAUGACGUCAAAUGCGCCAUCAAAUGUUGUGUAUGCAGUUUAUUGUUCUGCUGGUGAACCGUUUCCUGUGAUGAUUGAGGAUACUAACACGGCGACCGUACGUUGUAUUGGUGUUGAAGCUGGACAAAGUGCUAAUUUGAGUGUCAAAGCACUGUAUGGAAACUGUUCUGAAGUAGGAUCUUCGUGGAUAUCUAUUUCAACAGAUUAAAGCGAGUCAACAACUUCAACAGCUUCAGGCGUGUCAACAAUUAAGGAGGAACAACCUCAAAAUACCAUGCAUCCCAAAGUGGCUACCGAAGUAGGAUGCCCGAGGGAAUAAAUACAGUUAAAUAGAAAUAUUGGCCAAUAUUUGAAUUCAAUACUUAACAUUUUAUACAUUCUGUUUUGAUCAACUGAAUAAGAAAUAAUAAGCAUAUAUAUACGACCGUCUUAAUGUUUGUUCUAUGACGUAUGAAUUAGUUUAAUAAACUUUAAACAGAAUUAAUGAUGGAAUAUUUGACAUAGGCAUAUGCCUAUUUAAUUAUGCAUAGUUUAUUUGCCAAUCGAUACAGGCACUUUGUCAUACCUUUUCACCAACUUCUGCCAUUGAGAUGAUUAUGAAUAACAACUUAUUUCAGUUUAAAAAUAAUCUUUUUAUUGUUUACACAGUCUAAAUUUUUUUUUAAAUACUUUUAUAUCGAUAUGUACAUCGGAACUAAAAGCUGAUUGAU